GCAAAGAUCUUUUUAAAAGUGUAGACGGGACGAGCCGGGGAUCAAACCACCAACCCUGUGAUCGGGGCCCUGUGGCCCUAGCUGGGGGGUUUCAAAAGCAAGUUUUAAGACCUUUAAUAUUAUACUUUAACGAUUAAUAUAUACAGUAAUUAAUGAACUACUUUGAUUAUAAAUGAAAUACUUUUUCUAAAGCAAAAAUGCCAAAUGUCUCUGGCUCCACCUCUAACAUCACCUGGGACUCUUCAUGGACAAAACAAUUUAAUCUGAAAAGUAGUUGUCGGGUGAAUCAAAUAUACUGCUCAGUGUAAUCAUGAUCUGCCCUGCAGUGUCACACUGAAUAUCUGCUAAUCAGUUCACUUCAUAAACUCUUCUGGCGGUAAAUAUAGUAACAGGUGUCAGAUCCCCCCUCAGCCUGAGUGCUGCAACCAAACGGCUGAAUCAUAGAGGUCGAGAGCUCACACGAACCUCCAGAGUCUUUCCCUGCAGAAUUGAGACACUUUGAUGACACUAUUCCAGGACAAAGAAUUUGAUUUUGAGUAUAACUCGUGUGUAUUUGCAGUGCUUUACUAUUAAAACACUGUGGAACAUGAAUUCAUUGACAGAACCCAUGCAGACAUAAAGCUCUGGUUUCAGUCACGGGUCAGAUACCUCUCCUCCUCCUGCUGCCGUCUACAGCAACAACAACAACAGAUCCUCUUUUAAUCUGCAGGGACUCGAACAGCCGAGUAGAGGAAACCAAAACGACUCUUCAACACAAACCCACAAGGGCCAUCGUCUUCAUCAUGGAGUUUGUGCGAUUUGGGCUGCAGGAGGAUGAUGAGGAUGAAGACGAGGACGCAGCGACUCAGUACAUGAUCGAACAAAGUCUUCUCGAGAGCAACAAACAGAAGGAAGCUCAGAAACCAAGCUCCGGGCCGGAGUGUGCACACAGCAGCCCGAUCUUCACGGCUAUAAGACAAGGUAACGAGAAGCUCUUAAAGGAUCUCAUCGUCCGACAGAGAGACGAGUUCUCACAGACAGACAGCCGAGGUUGGACUCCUCUGCAUGAAGCAGCAGCUCAGAGCAACCAAACCAUCCUGGAGCUCACAUUCAAAGUUUCAGGCUCAGACUCCGUGGAGAGUCGCACUCUUCGUGGUGAGACUCCUCUCCUCCUGGCGGUAGAAGGAGGUCUGAUAGAAAACGCCUCCUUCCUCCUUCAACAUGGAGCCCAGCCGGACAGUCAGGACCAGGACCAGGACUCAGCGCUGCUCGUAGCGAUCCGUUCAGACCGCGCUGACCUGAUGAAGCUGCUGCUCCAGCGGGACUCCCGGGUGAACCAGGCGGGCUGCCACGGCCGCCGUCCCCUCCACGAGGCCUCGCGGCUGGGUAAGACGCCGCUGCUGACGCUGCUGCUGGAGGCCGGAGCGCAGACGGACCCUCGGAGCGACUACGGCCUCACGCCGCUGGCACUGGCCGCUCAGGCCGGACACCUGGAGGUGGUGGAGACGCUGCUGAGGAGAGGGGCGGACGUCCUGUCCCAGGCGCAGGACGAGGCCUCCAUCUUGUACGAGGCGUGUUCGUCAGGAGAUCCAGAAGUCAUCAGUCUGCUGCUGGAAUACGGCGCCGACGCCAACGUGGCCAAACAGACGGGACACAUGCCGAUCCACCGCGUCGCACACCGAGGACACCUGCAAGCUCUAAAGCUGCUGAUUCCAGUCACUUCUAAGGCAGAAGUCAACGACAUCGGGAUAAGUCCUCUACACUCUGCUGCUGCAGGAGGCCAUCCACACUGCAUCAAGGCCUUGCUGGACGCAGGUUACGACCCCAACUACAUGCUCCAUCCCUGGGCUCGGCGCAGCUAUGACGACGAGAGGAAGUCGGCACUCUUCUUCGCGGUCUUAAAUAACGACGUGCCGUCAGCCAAACUGCUGCUGGAGGCCGGGGCCAUGGCCAACCAAGACCCAGUCAAAUGUCUGCAGAUUUCACUGCGUGUGGGCAACUAUGAGUUGAUCAACCUGUUGCUGAGGUUUGGAGCCAACGUCAACUAUUACUGCAGAAUAAACACAACGCACUUCCCGUCAGCGCUGCAGUACGCUCUCAAAGACGAGGUGGUCCUCAGGAUGCUAUGUAACUAUGGUUACGAUGUCGAGCGUUGCUUCGACUGUCCCUACGGUAACGGCUCCCACAUCCCUGAAGACUACGAGGGAUGGAGCAACUCCGUGAUCAACGACACCAAGGUAACGUAA